AUGUUCCACCUGCGACGCCCUGUUAGCGGCCUCCUCGUCGCCGCGCGCCGCCUCGGUCCCCGGCCGGGGCCUGCACCGCCGGCGGCCCGCCGGACCUUUGUCAACGAGGCCCUGACACCGCUCGUCGACGCCACGGCGCACGUCUUCACGGCGCUCCACCACGGCGCCGGCGUCCCCUGGUUCCUGACCAUCCCUCUCGUCGCGCUCGGCAUCAACGCCGCCGUGCGCCUGCCCAUGCAGCUGUACAUGCAGUCGCUCGACCGCCGCCGCAACGCCAUCAAGCCGCUGCUCAUCGCCUGGUCCAACCGUCAUGCGAGCCGGCCGUUUGCCGGGCCACCGGGGCGCAGGAACGCGCACAUUGCGCGCGAGACGGACAGGUCGCGCAAGCGCCUCUUCAGGGCGUGGGGCGUGCCCCUGUGGAAGCAGUUCAUCCCCUUGUCGUCGAUGCUCCCAUUUGUCGUCGUCUCCGAGGCUCUGAGGCGGUUGUCUGGCGUGUCCAUGUUUGACACGGCCGCGGCGGACGGCGCCGGCGAGGUGGUGGCGCGCAUGUCGUCGACGGUCGUGGAUCCGUCCCUGCACACUGGUGGCUGUCUGUGGUUCACGGAUCUCAUGGCCUCUGAUGCCGUGCUAGGCCUGCCGAUCAUCUGCUCUGGACUCCUGGCGGCCAACAUCCUCAGCCGUAUGAGUCUACAGCAGUGGAGGGCUGCACUCAUCGAACGACCAGCUUACGAGACAAGGUCCCAAGGGCUCCUGCGCGGGUUGGUUCGACUGGGCAUUUUCCUACCACUUAUUCCCCUUUGCGUUACGCACUUGCCCGCCUCGGUUUUUCUAUAUUGGGCCGCAAAUUUUGCAUUGCAGCUUGUCAAUGUGAAUCUGGUCCGGAAGAUUCUUCCGGAACGAGAGAAGCUACUAAACUGGAAGCCUAUCCAACCCAAGAUCAUCUCAUAUGUCAAAAGACCGCAUCUCGAUACACCUCCAAAGAAACAAGUGUACAAUAAAAAUGUAUAA